UUGCUCUUUGCCUAAAUUUUCACUUCCCUUGAUCACCAUCUUCUUCCUAGUCUUUUGUUCUUCGAAUGUAGCCAAUGCCAUUGUUCCACCCUCGGGGACUUUCAAGUACGUAAACGAAGGUGAUUUAGGAGAAUUAAGCGUCGAGUACCUCGCAGACUAUCGUGCACUAGCCAUUGCCUUGUUACCAUUCCAAUUAUGCUUCUACAACACCACUCCUAAUGCUUUCACCUUAGCACUAAGAAUGGGAAGUCGCCGGUCCGAGUCCAUAAUGAGAUGGGUCUGGGAAGCCAACCGAGGAAGGCCUGUCGGUGAAAGGGCCACAUUGACAUUCGGGUCUAACGGAAAUCUAGAGCUGGCUGAUGCCGAUGGAACCGUGGCAUGGCAGACGGGCACGGCCAACAAGGGUGUGGUAGGAUUGAAACUAUUACAAAACGGUAACUUGGUUUUGUAUGAUAAGAAAGGCAAAUUUAUUUGGCAGAGUUUCGACCACCCGACGGACACACUUUUGGUGGGACAAUCCCUGCGAGCCAAUGGUCCAAACAAGCUGGUUAGCCGCACGUCUAUUGCCGAUGGCUCCAAAGGAGCUUACAGCUUCGUUAUGGAGGAAAGAUACUUAAAGAUGUACCAUAAAAGCAUGAAUUCAGCAUUGCCUUUGCUAUAUUAUAGGUCAUAUGAGUUCGGAAUCCAGCAAGGUUCCUUAGCAAAUCUGAAGUUCUACUGCUCGCCGGAGACCGAACAAGCAUAUGCUUUCGAGUUAGGGUUUGCAUAUGAUAUGAAAGGCUCUUCCAGUUCAGGAACCCACAUUUUGGCAAGGCCUAAAUACAAUGGCACAUAUUCCAUGCUCCGAGUGGAAUCAGAUGGUAACCUUAAGAUCUACACAUACAAUGAAAACGUCAAUUGGGGAUAUUGGGACAACACCUUUAAACUCUUUGAUGGUGAAGACCACGAAAGCCUUUGCAAUCUUCCAAAAAGGUGCGGUUCACUAGGAAUUUGCCGACUCCGACUGUAAUCCCAGAAUACGAAU